AUGGACAGCAUAUUUGCAGUUAUAGCGGGGCUUGGGAUCCGUUUCGCCCUCCAGUUCACUAGCGGCUCACAGAGAAGCAGGAUCGGCCCAAUGCUUCUUGGAUUCUGGGAAGGCGUUUGCGUUCAUUACUCCGCCAAUGCCUCUCCUAAUCCAGGAGUUCCAUACCUAGGAUAUCUGCUGCGAAUAGCCCUAGAUCUUAUAUUAUCCGACAGUCCUUUCUCAGUCCUUUUGACAAUUCUCUGGACACUCCUGGGGGCAUUGUUCUCGGAAGCUCUGGCACCAGUCGCCACAGGCUCUGCCGAUCCAGGUUAUCCUCCUGCCCCUUCUCCCCAGCUUCCUACUCCUCCGGCAACUCUGCUAGACGAAGUCGGCAAUAGACAAAUACCACUCCCGCAACAAUCUUCAUCGAACCCAACAUCUUCAGCAGCGCCGCAUGAUCACGGUGCGAUAGAUCAUCGCGCGCAAGAUGAAGACGCCUCUGAUCAUCCGGAAUCACCGAUCGAAGAUUCAUCUCCUCGUAUUAUUAUUCCCCCGCCCCCACAACCACUAUCGAGUCCCAAUAUUCUGAGCGCCAUACCCGUUGAGGUACCCUUCUCCCCCAGGCCUGACUGA